UCAGCGAAGCUGUGUUUCCGUGGCCCAAAAGUCUUCGACAUACAGGAAACUCAUGAAGAUUUCUACCUAAAAGCACCGGUCAAGACAUCAAAGGAUCCCUUAUUGGGCCCUCAAAACACAGACAUGGCCUUAUCUGGUAUGGACGGCAACUUGAGUAUGGUUAAAAAUGAAGCUCAGACAGUGCCUGCAGCUGUUCAGCGAAGCUCAUCUCUGGACAGCAUGCAGAAUCCGGUUACUGUCCUGCCAGGCAACAAUGAAAUGCUCCCCACCACCCUUUCGACACCUUCCAAUGUUAGCAACUCGUUGUCACCUCCUUGCCAGCCCGUACAGCGAAGUCGUAGUCUCCCCCUCCUUGAUUCCAGUCAGGAGAUCCCUCCGGAGCUUCUUGCAGAUUUAACAUCAGCAGAUCGAGGUAACCUACUCGGUAACAACUCAGUGGGAAUCGGAGAAGGCUUAUCAACCAGCCAGGCAAGUCAUCAAGGAGGCCAUUUUUUGCAGCGGGACUACUUGCAUGUUAGUCAGCAGCACCUGACAGCCCUCCCGCAACAGCCCUUGAAUCUCAGUCAGUCAGCCGAUGUGAAACAGUUCUUGAGCCCAUUCCAACAGCCAAGGUUGAACAUGAGCCGACAGGUCAGGAAUCUGCUACCUCAUCUAGGUGACUGGAAUAACUAUCAAACUACUGGAAGGCUACCCCUGAGGGGAUCAGAUCCGGCCAUAGCUGGCUUCCCUGCAGUUGCCCAGCAUGCCAUGGCUGGGGGUCAGACACUGUUUAACCCCAGUGUCGCAAACAUAUAUAGUAAGGUCAUGGACAAGGCGCUUGGCUUCCCUAUCAGUGAGUCUUUUACAUUUGGAAGGGAUAACCUACCUUUUCAAAGUGGACAGUCUUCUAUGAACAUGAUCCCCUUGCGGCAGCAAGGAACACACAUGUUUGAUGGAAAACCUGCCAAAGAGGGUGAGAGGCAAUUGACCAAGGAUAUCAGAGGCAACUUGGUCCUUGCCCACCAACAUCACAAUGAGAAUAACAAUGAUAAAACCUCGCCCAACAUGCAGACUAUGUCCGAUGGUGUUGGUGGUCACCUUGUUGAUAAAUCCAUGCUGCCGUUAUCUGUAAGUGUGUCUGUAGCCUUCUCAGAGCCAAGUCAAGACAGUCCAGCUUCGCUGUCUCGACACAGUAACAGUCCAGCCAUGCCCUAUCGGACAUCCGCCGAUCAGAUGCUGAGCAUGAUCAAUUACAAUGACGACCAGCUCCUUCAGGAGCAUGGUCUGAUAACAGAUAAUUCAGUAACUGGAACCUUGGAUGAUAACUUCCUAAGCGGGUCUAUGGGAAUUGGACAUCCCGGCGGCACACGCCUAACUGAUUCUUCCAAUCUCACUGGAAUGGAUUCCAGCCCACCGAGUGUGAACAAUGAAGCCUUUGACCUUUUUGAUGGAGGUGGAGAUGUUGAUGAAGCCAACUACAUGACGGACUCGCUUUCCCCGCAGCCGCUACCCGGUAAUGUUGAUCCUGAUGUUCAUGUUACAACUUCCCUGCCAAGCAUUGGAUCCUCAUCUGGGAGCGAUGUGAUGGCAAGUGUACCCAGAGCGAUGGGGCGAGGAGGGGUGUUAGGAAUCGGUGGCGGCAAAAAUCCACCAGAUGGUAAAUCAUCUACCUCAAUAGGGGUCAACAAUGACGGUACUACUGAUGUGCCACCUCGGCGGAAGGGGCGGCCACCAUCGCGCAACCCAGGGCAUCGUUACUCGCAACCCUGCCAGGUGUGCGGUAAGAUCUUUGGGAGCUCCAGUGCCCUGGCGAAGCACAAGCUGAUACACAGCAGCGAGAGGAGACACAAAUGUGUACUCUGCGCAAAGAGCUUCAAGAGGCAAGAUCACCUGGCUGGUCACAUGCUCACCCAUCGUAGUAAGAAACCCUACGAGUGCACAGUGCCCGACUGCGGCAAAUCCUACUGCGACAUCCGUUCCCUUAGACGACACUUUGAAUCGCAGCACCAUGGGUUGGCAAUGGAAGAUAACAUGAACUACACAGGGGAUGAGAGAGACCCUGAUUUAAUCGCUGCUGAAGAGGCUGCCGCUAAUCAGGCACAGGCUCAGGUCCAGGCUCAGGUACAGGGGCACCCGCCCCCUAACUCUGGCACUUCCUUCAUCACCACGGUCAAUACUAUGUCUAGCAUGGGGAGUCUGACUGUCAACAACUUUAAUCAAGGGUUGAUGCAGCAGCAGCAGCAGCAGCAGACGCAGCACCAGCAAGCACCCACGCAGCAGCAAGGUGGAAUGAACAACACCAACAACCAGAAUUCGGAUAGUCAGGGUGCCAGCUCUAGUGCAGCGCUGCAGUUCCUUGCUCAGGCUGCUCAGCGGGCGCAGACGAAUAACCCAAUACAGUCUAAUUCGCCGAACAACCCGUCAGACUCCCAACAACACAUGUCAAUCAACCCACAGUUACCUGUCCAUCAAGAUGUAUCGUCAAUGCACCGUUUCCCCGAUCUCAUUAACCCUUCAAACCAGUUAUCAUCCUCUUCGUGGAGUAUGUCAAACCAGUAUGAGACAUUACCAAAUAGCAGGAACUUUAUCAUGGAGGGAAUCCCUGGCCCACGGUUGUCUACAACCACUAUAACAGGAGCAUCAGGCAGCAACCUGUUGACUAACCCAAGUACAAGGCCACCAGCCUUAGGAAAUUCACAAAAUUUAUCUAUAGAUGUCAGACAGCCAUCACCCAGAGGUCCCUCGCCUGCCAAAAGUUCCGAUGGUAGAGAGAAGAAUCAACAGCCAGUUGAGUGCUCAGUUUGCAAGCGGAUGUUUAAGAGUAUGCCAGCUCUAAAUGGCCACAUGAGACUCCAUGGAGGCUAUAACAAUGCUCGGGCUGAAUCGGAUUCAAAUAAGGGGGACCACAAACCCCAGCCUAAGCAACGAGUUCCGACUCCGCCCCGCAGCUCUCAGACAAGAUACACUCCGGAGUCUCGAGUGACGACAGCAAUGGCUCCUGUCCCACUCUCUAUCCCGAAUCAUCAAUUCCCUAUGUCUGUCAGUCAAGGAAGCGUUAACCAGAUGCAGAGCUCGUCCCUCCACAUGUCAGUUCCGGCGCCCCCAUUUGGAAUGCAGAUGCAAGGGCUCCCUCAAGCAUCCCAAAUGACGCAGCCGCCGAACAUAAGUCACCUGAGACCAGCUCAACUUGAUCUGCAGACUCAGGUAAAGAGGGAAUUGAAUGUUCCCAGUGUGCCUAAACCGGCAAACCCGUUUUUCCAAGAUGCUCUGUUUCCUCCUCAUCAGCCGUUGACAUCGACGUACCCUCAAUUCAUGCCAGUGCAUUUUGCCAACCCUGUCAAAGACAUGCCUUAUCCUAUACAGAUGAACUACCCACCCACAUCCUCUCAGACUGUUCAAAUGCUUCUCAAGUCGGAACCUGUGAAUGCCUCUGCUGCUGUACAGCAAAUGCCACUUACAUCUGUCUCGGAGAGUAAACUGUUCUCAUCAGAGCAUGAACUAAGUCCGCCCAAGCUGGAGGCAAUGAAACCCUCGGAGGAUCACUUGGUGUUCAGGAACCCUCCACCACCAACGCAAUCAAGUCCUACCAAAAAGCGCCCUCGCCCGUCACCGUUACACAUCCCAUCUUGCGUCAAUACAGGAACACCGGGGAGUAUUAUCCCCGGAACCUAUCAGUCACAGAUGAGAUCCCCAAGAGAGAUGGGUGGAAUGUAUCAGUAUCAUUAUCGUAGUUCUGGAACGGGUACCACGCCUCCGCCUUACACCCCACCACCCAUGUUGAGCCCGAUUCGUAGUGGGCCUGGAUUGUAUUUCAAUGUUGGACAAGUUCCUGCUCUGCCGACAAUGACGCCCAAAACUCCAAGUAUGAUCUCCAUGCAUCGCAGGAGUACCGGAAGUGCUUCAGUCGAGGAACCCGUGACGGAUUUUGCCUUCUCAACGACGGAGCCACACAUCAACAUGGGACCAGAAUUCCAAGCGACAAUACCUGACCUGAAAUGUACAUUGUAUGAAGAGGAUGUAGAUGACCUUCACCGCGUUGGGCCAUUAGGAUGGAUAGCCUGGCAUCCAUCCACAAAUGACAAGUACACCACCAGUGAAUUGACAAACUUUAUAAUGUUGGCCACAACAGCAGCGCUGCCUGGUGGGGCCCGUAACACUGAGUACGCCCAUCACUGUCUUCAAGUAGCAGAUGGUGAUAUUGAGUAUGCCUUGGAUUUACUGAUGAACCCUCAUCCUGGACCAGAAGUCAAUGAACCAUUCAAUGAUUAUAACUACAACUUUACGUCUUCAUGGACCCAAGUAGAAAGAAGGAUGUUCCGAGAUCACUUCAAAGCCAAAGGGAAAGACUUCCAUGAAAUCCAAAAAGCUCUUGCAACAAAGUCGGUCAAGGAGAUAGUAGAAUACUACUACCGCUGGAAGAAACUCUACCCUUACAACAACGACAUGCAGAAGUUCUGUCAUCACAGCGGGCUCAACCCUACCGAGGAAAUGCGCAGACAUGGAUGUGAUCUUUUCCCGGACGAGACUUUCAUAGAUUAUGUUCCCCUGAAGGAGUAUAGACAUGAUAAGUACUAUAGAGGGGGCGGUGGUCAGACUAGGAACAAUAAUCAUGUGAAAACUUCCUCUAAUCAGGAGGAGAAACCGGUCAGUCAGGGGCCUUUCACCUGCAACUAUCCAGAUUGUGAAGCGACAUUCAAAUCACGGCAAGCAUUGAACGGCCACAUACGAGUGCAUGGCGGAAGUUACAAAUGUCAAACCGCUGCUAAGGAAGUCCAGCCUGUCCAUCAUAGUCCGUCCCCGGCUUCUGUAUCGACCUCCACAUCGGGAACCUCCAGACGUAUGUCCACGGACUCCUCAUCGGGGGAGAGUGUGGAACCAGAACCUGUUAUCUUCCCAUGCAAGAUAUGCGGAAAGGUUUUUGAGAAGGUGAAGAGCAGAAGUGCACACAUGAAGAGCCAUCGCAGACCCGAUGUGAGCAAGAAGCCCCCGCCCCUACCGACCCACAUGGAAACUCCUCUAGAAUCUCCCCUGCCCGAGGACUCGCCCCUGGGCGAUGAAUCACCACCAGAGUUUGGCACUGAGAACAUGAAUCAUUAUAAUCAAGAUCAUGAUGAUGAUGAUGAUGAUGAUGAUGAUGACGACGAUGAUGACUCUGAAGAUGACGACAUGGAUGAAGAGGAAGAUGAACGAGAGGAAGAGGACAGCUCCAGUGAGCAGUCGGGGAGUCGAAGUGAUAGCAGCAGUGGCAGCGAGAGUGAGAGUGAUAACUCUGAAAACGAUCUCAUGACAAUGUGAGGCAGCUGGUCCUUGCAUCGGCUUCCCCACCUCUGCAUUAUUGAAAUUAAAAACGUAGCAGAUUGACCAGAGGAAUCUGUGUGAUGACAGACGCAUACCUUGGUUUGAUCCUGCGGAUGUCACGGCCAGUAUCGUUUGAAUCACCGUCUGCAGUAAUAGCAACGGCAUUGGUGCAUAGAAGGAGCCAGACCAUAAUGGACAUCCGGCCAUUCGUUGAAUGGACCAUUUCUCCAGGUCAUCUGUAGUUAUCGUUUCCACGUGAAAAAGGAAACAGAGUUUAUCUGACUCCAGCCUGAGUCUCUGUAUGUGGAUGAGUAUGGAAUUAAGAAAGAGAAUGGGGGUGACUGUAGUAACAUGUGUAUUGUGCGCAGCAAGGUAUGGAAGCACCAGCUGGCUGGGAGUCUUCUGAUGUCUGUGCAAUAUCAUAUCACAAUGAUAACAAGUCGUGCUAUUUGGCUUUGUAUCACAUUGCAUAAUAACAAGCCGUGCUGGAUGGCUUUCUAUCAUAUCACAACGAUAACAAGCUGUGCUGGUUGGCUCUGUAUCACAUCACAUAAUAACAAGUCGUUCUGGUAACUAGUCCCGCUGGUUAGCGUUGUGAUUCACCUCCUCCUUGGCCUCCAUUGUAUGAGUGUCUUUAUUAUUGGUUUGUUGGAUACCAGCGCCAACUUGAACCCAAAGGUGCAUUGAUGUGUAGAGAAGUGUCUUGGAAACAACCGAUUGUUACUGAUUGGUCUUUUGAUGUACAUACAUGUAACCAUUAGUCUAAGUACCAGGUGUUUUGUGUUUAAAACGGGAUGUGCUGUCCGCCAGAAUACAGCCUGUUUAAAUUAGGUUAUUUGAAUUAUUAAGAAUGUGAAACCUCUUUGCAAGUGGAAUAUCAACAAUACUUACCUCUAUGUUACAUCUGUUUGCCCUUAUGGUAUGCAGUGACAUGAACAUCAGCUUAGAAAGACAGCAGGUAGCCCGCUUGGUUACCGUUUGCUGAGGGAUUAACUGGAAGUUUCUGACAGUUAUCUGCGCAGAGUAGUGAUUUUUAAAGGGCAUCAUUUCGGCAAGUGGUUUAUUUCGGUUUUGCUACAAAAUAAUUUUAAAGCAGCAUGUAAUAUGGGCAUGAUGAUAAAUGGUGGCCACCAUAAAUGAUUGGCACAAAAUUGGAAGCAUCUUAUGAUCUUAUAUCAUAAACCAACAGAACUUCGGGUUUGUUGUUUUUUGUUUGUUUUUAGUUCCUUUAAAAUAACCAUUUGUCAGUUUUUAGGGGAGUUUUUUUCUUCUGUAUUGUUAGACUUUUUGUGCAAUAUUUUCUGCCAACCCGUUUCUAGCUGUGUAGUCAAACGUUAGUUUGUUUUUGGGCACCACAAAUCGAUAAAAUGUUGAGACGUUUUUCGAGAGUGACAAGUUGUAUAGUUUUUUUGGUGUGUCUUUUUUGUUUUUGGCAGAGAUAACUUUUAACGGUUGUAAAUAUAAUGUAUUACUUGUUUGAAACUCUGGUCUUACAUGUACAUUAAUUGUGUAUAAAUCUUUUAUUUCUGAGGUAAAUGGUGCUAAUACUAAAAAAAAUUGUAUGUUUCCACAAUUUUUCUGAUUGAAAAAAAAAAUGGGAUUUAUUUUUUCCUUCUUAACAGGUGAAAAUCUCAUAAUAUAGUACCACUCACAUCGAAACUUGAUUAGUAUGUAUGUUUCUAUUGGGGGAUUUUUUAAAAUAAUAUCAAAACAAAAUGAUGAGAAAAGAGGAAUGAGCAUUUGAUUUUUUGUUUACAAAUGUUAAUGAGUGUUUUUAUUUGAGAUAACUUUUUAAAACUGGAAGCUUGCAGGAAGUGCUGAAAAUAGAAACUAGUGUUCCAUUGCUUGCUCUUUAAGACUGGGUUUAUCAUAAGGCAAGCCUCAAACCAAUACAAAUCCAGUUAGGCCUCUUGGCAUAAAAUCCAGUUUUUUGUUGCACUCGUUUUUCAAUGAAUAUAAUCCUGGUAAAAGUGGAGAAAACAUUAGAAGUCUUGAGCAAUCAGCCUCAAAGAUACGAUGGACACAAAACUGUAGAAGUGCGCCAUUUGGUUUGGAUGUAUGCAGACAAAUUUCAACAGUGCCCUCGUAGUGUGUCCACAUGCUAAUUAACCCAAAUCUUAUGGUGUCAUAGGCCCUUUUUUGAAUCAACGGCUUCGGCUCAAGGUUUGGCUCAGGCUAGCUUGCCCCUGCAGUUAUGUUGACAAUUGCGUGUGCUUUGCGUGUGCGCUCAGGGCUUCAGACAAGAGGACGGAGCCUGAAGCCGAAUCCAAAGUCGAAGCUGUGGUUUCUAAAAAGGGCCGUCGUAUUGUAUCCACCAUCUCUGAAAUUGGCUUACAGCAAGAUGGUUGCCCCAUGCUGAUGGUAAUACCAUUUUUGUUCUUGUUCUUACUUGCAUCGUUACAUUGCCUUCUAUUCCGUCUGCCAAUUUCCUGCAGUUACCUUUUCUACCAUGUGGCUUCCCAAACAAAUUAUUAAAAUAUAAAAUUAUUUUUUUAGUAGAUCAAUGUUGUUUUUUUCUUGAAAAUUUAUAUUAAUGUGCCAAGAUUUUUUACAUCACAGAAACUGUCUUGUCACAAUUUCUUGUUAUUUUUUCCCAUUUUGUUUUUUUAGAAAUUGAAGCAGGUUCAAAUAUUUUUGCUGAAACACAAUAAGCAGAGUUGUGUUUUGUAUUUGUCAUGUACAUAGAGUAUAUACAAAUAAUUGCCUCAUAAGUGGGAAACAUUUUUCAGACAUUUUGUACAUAAGAAUCAUAUCUUCACAUAGUCUACAUUUUUAUCAAUAAGGUGUGUGAGACAAAAUUUUACUAUUUUAUCAUGUGAAGUUGACAAUUUGGAAAGGAAA